AUGGAUGACCCCCAGGUUCGGUUAGUAAGCCAGUUGGCUCUAACGUCUGCAAUGAGAAGACGAAUUUUCAGAGCCGUCGAAAGACUGGCGAAACGCCUAACCGAUAGACAACUGCUCAAGGAACAAAGAAGUAACCUAACAGAAGCUGAGAUGUGUAACAUGUGCUAUCUGCUGCCGGAUAUAUUAAUGAACGAACCUAUCUGUCUGGAACUGAGCUUAGAUGAACCGAUUCACGUUAUUGGAGAUAUACGGGGUCAAUAUGUGCACCUUAUACACUUACUGGAUAACCUAGGACAUCCACCAAACCGGCGGUUUCUGUUUCUUGGCAAUUAUGCAGAUAGUGGAGAGAAAAGCAUUGAGACCAUAGCACUUUUAUUUGCGUACAAAGUGCUCUAUCCGAAUCAUGUUUAUCUACUUAGGGGGAGACAUGAGUUUGCUUCGGUCGGUCGUAUUUACGGACUGUUCGAUCACUGUUUGAAAAGAUUUACACGACGCCUAUGGAGUGACAUUAAUACGGUGUUUCAGUUUCUUCCAAUAGCUGCUAUUCUGGACGACCGCGUAUUUUGCAUCCAUGGUGGUCUGUCACCGGUCCUAGAAUUCCUGAACGUGUCCAACCUGACGCACCUGAAAAAUGAACUUCGUCAGAGCUCCGGACGGCCAGCACUACUGCAUCAAAAUUCCAUACUCACACAUCUUAUUUGGUCUGACCCGGACGAAGAAACCGUAAACUGGGAACAAAACCCUGGCGGCAUGGGUUAUCUAUUUGGACCAGAGGUGGUAACAAGAUUCUGCGAUCACUUGGGACUCACUCAAAUCAUACGAUCUGGUGAAGUAGUCAAGAAUGGAUUUGAGUUUUUCAAAGAACCCCGUUUGCUUACCAUAUUCAGUGCACCAGAUUUAGAGGAAACCUAUGCAAAUGCCGGUGCCGCACUACAGCUCACAAAGCUCGGUAAGGACACCGUUCGGUGUAAGAUAAAGAUCAUGAAACCGCUUAUCCAUCUGCGGUGCAAACAAACCACUCGUCCUAAUGUGGUGUUCGAAGAACUUGAAACCAACCUGGGGUUGCGAGACAGACCUGCCCUAAUCGAGUUACCAGUUGCAGCAACAACAGAAGUA